UAAAAAAUUAUACUAAAAAAUUUAUUCAAAGCUUCAUAAUGAAGUCUCAUGCUACGCCCAUUUAUAUAAGUAACCAAAACAUACCUGUUUGUUAAUUGUUAUGCAACAACAAGAUUUUAUCUACUUGAUCGCGCCUUCCUCCGACAAAUCCUUAUUAAUCAGGCGAGAGCAAGCUAAGAGAAGCAGAAAUGGACAGUUUGGAUGAAGAGAAAAACAGUCAAGUUCUUGAAUCAGUCACAAUUCCUUCUCUACCUAACAAACCCUUAAGCCGAAGUGUUAACAUUGAUCCAAGCGAGCGAGGGAACAACUUUGUCUACUAUUGGCCUUCUCUUAUUCGGAGAGAACCAAAUGUUGACGUUGAUGAUAAUGGGGAGGAAAUAUCUCAUGUCCGUGAAUCUGUCUUACUUUCCAACACCUCUAACAAUGACGACGACGACGACGACGACGACGACAUAAUCCGAUAUCGUAAAAGUCUGUUUGUUCAGUUUUACGAGCAGAGUGCCAUGUAUAGGUAUCGGAUCAAGACUUAUCGAGGAAAGCGUAAAGAAGAAGAGUAUGAAGAAAUGGGGGAUCACGAUCAAAACUAUCAUACUCGUGGUUCGUGUUAAGUUUUAAUUAACUAGUUUUUGAACCUGUUUGAUGAACGGACUUCGGUUCACCGUGAUAUGUGUUAUACUUUAUAGAUUCAAUUGAGCUUAACAAUCAUCAUGUUGAAGUACUUAUAUCAGGUAGUGUUAGGAAUGAACAAAACUAUAUAAUAUUGUAGUUGUACCUCCAAAAAGGCAAAAAGUAAUACCAAAUUACCAAUAGACUGUACACACUAGAUUCGCCAGUGUACCUGACCAUUGUCUUAUGGUGAAUACGAUAUGAUCAAAUUGCUA